GCCCCUGCACGCUACUCACGGUACCGACCCGGGCACCGACAGCGACGGGGUGCCCGCCGCCCGCAGCCCCAGGCCCCGCCGCGGAGGGUGACGGGCCCGGCUGGCCGACCGAGCCCCCCCCCCCGCCCAGGGACACACACACAUACACACAGAGAGCAGCGCCACCGGUAGCCGGGCCCCCUCGGGCUGGCGGGUGCCCGGGUGACGCUGGGGGCUCUCGCCCCCGCCGCUCGCCCCGGUUCCGGCCGCGGCCGCCCCUCCCUCGCCGGGCGGGCGCGUCACGCGCGGUCGCCGUGGUUUCCGGGUCGCACAUGAAGGCGGAAGCCGCUGGCGGAGGCCGCCGCUCUCGAUUUCAUUCUGCUACAGCUGGUGGCUGAGCAUUUCUGCCUGGGAUGGCGGAGGAUCAGGAGCUGACUCAGCCACACAAAGCUCAACUCGAGCCCUCCCUUCAGCAGCGCACCAGCAACACAUACCGCAGUGCAGAGCACUCUCAGGCCUUGCUCAGUGGCUUGGUAUCUCUCCGAGACAGCAGCAUCCUCUUCGAUGUAGUUCUGGUAGUGGAAGAGAAACCUAUUGAGGCUCAUCGCAUACUUCUAGCUGCAUCCUGUGACUAUUUCAGAGGAAUGUUUGCAGGAGGACUGAGAGAGAUGGAACAAGAAGAAGUUCAUAUUCAUGGCAUCUCCUACAAUGCAAUGUGUAAAAUCUUGAACUUCAUUUACACUUCUGAGCUGGAACUCAGUGUGAACAGUGUACAGGAAACCUUAGCUGCAGCCUGUCAGCUUCAGAUUCCAGAAGUCAUUAAAUUCUGUUGUGAUUUUCUCAUGUCCUGGGUAGACGAAGAGAACAUCCUCGACGUAUACAGACUAGCUGACCAUUACGACUUGAGACAUUUGAGUGAUCAGCUGGAUUCCUACAUUUUGAAGAACUUUGCAGCUUUCUCAAGGACACAAGUGUACCGACAGCUACCCUUGCAGAAGGUCUACUCCCUUCUCAGCAGCAACCGUUUGGAGGUUAACUAUGAGUUUGAAGUUUAUGAUGGGGCACUUUUUUACCAUUAUUCUCCAGAGCAACUGGAGACAGAUCAGGUCUCCCUGAUGGAGCCCCUUAAGCUACUUGAGACAGUUCGUUUUCCUCUGAUGGAACCCCAGAUCCUGCAAAGGCUUCAUGACAAAUUAAGUCCAUGUCCUUUAAAAGAUACAGUCGCAGAUGCAUUAAUGUACCACAAGAAUGAAUGUCUUCAGCCAAUGCUUCAGAGCUCCCAGACACAGCUGAGAUCAGAGUUCCAGUGUGUAGUGGGAUUUGGAGGGAUGCAUUCUACUCCAUCCAUUGUCCUCAGUGAUCAAGCCAAGUAUCUGAACCCCUUAUUGGGAGAGUGGAGGCACUUUACAGCUGCACUAGCCCCCAGAAUGUCCAACCAAGGGAUUGCUGUUCUCAAUAAUUUUGUAUAUUUAAUUGGCGGAGACAACAAUGUAAGUGGUUUUCGAGCAGAGUCAAGGUGUUGGAGGUAUGACCCGCGACACAACAAAUGGUUCCAGAUCCAGUCCCUACAGCAAGAGCAUGCUGACCUCAGUGUUUGUGUUGUGGACAACUAUAUAUAUGCUGUCGCAGGCCGAGAUUACCAUGAAGACCUGAGGGAAGUGGAGAGGUAUGACCCUAAAAGCAACACUUGGGAAUAUGUGACACCUCUGAAGAAGGAGGUAUACGCACACGCUGGAGCAGCACUGGAUGGGAAGAUGUAUAUUACUUGUGGGAGGAGAGGAGAAGACUAUUUGAAGGAGCUACAAUGUUAUGACCCAAAGACUGACCGCUGGGACGUUUUAGCAGAUGGUCCAGUGAGACGUGCUUGGCAUGGGAUGGCUGCACUGCUAGGAAAGCUCUAUGUAAUUGGAGGAAGCAACAAUGAUUCUGGCUACAGAAGGGAUGUUCACCAGGUUGCCUGCUAUAGGCCAAGCACUGAUCAGUGGACAAAUGUAUGUCCACUUCCUGCAGGACAUGGAGAGCCAGGCAUUGCGGUCUUAGACAACAGGAUCUAUGUCUUGGGAGGCAGAUCCCACAACAGAGGAAUCCGCAUGGACUAUGUCCACAUUUACGAUGCAGAGAGAGACUGUUGGGAGGAAGGACCCCAGCUGGAGGAUGAUAUUUCUGGGAUGGCUGCCUGCGUUCUCACUUUGCCCAGGGCUAUUUUAAUGGAAACAGAGAAAUGGUUCUCAGAAUGGCAUGCAGACCGCGUGAAGUAUCACCUUGAUUUUCCAUCGGAAGUUAUGAGCGUAUCAGACUGGGAGGAAUUUGACAAUUCAAGUGAAGAUUAGAAAACUUUAAUAUUUAUUUUUUGCCAGUGGAUGAGGAAAUUAAGGCUUGGAGAAAAUACUUAGAGAUUUUAUAUGUCUUUCUUAUAUAUAUAAAUAAGUAUUUAAAGGUUUGAAAUAUAAGUGUUCUGCACAAAAUGCCAUUCACCAUCAAUAUCUGCCCAUCUGCAAGUGUUCUGCACAAAAUGCCACUUACAGUCAGUAUCUGCCCACCUGCGAGAAAGCAGCAUUUUUAAAGUAACUACAGAACUGCCAUUUUCCCCCAGUUAAAGUAUAGAGGUUCUUCUGCUUUGAAGGAGACUUUUCUCAACCUUCAGCAUGGACAGGAAAAAACACAGAGAAGGCUCAGCUUGACUAGCUUCUUUCCUUCCAGCUUUUAGCUUGAAAUAGCUUUUUCAAAUUUUUUUUUUUCCUUUUUUUUUUUGGUAAUAGAACUUCCUAGCCAGCUUAACACAGGCAGGUAACACCUAGUGUCUCCCUCCUGUGCCAGGUGUCAGACAGCUUGAUUGGUUCUUCAGCAAGAUUGAACAUACAGAAACAGGAACAGUAGCGAGAAAGUCUGAACCUUCAUCUCAUCUGGGCAUGCAGCCAUCUUUGUAACUGGGUUAGAGCCUGUGAACUGACACCCACUCCUGAACUUCUAUACUGCAAGUUCUGUCAACACAGUGGAAAGAAGAUUUCUAGAAAAAACUCUCUGUACAGAGUAUGGCAAUCUCAUCGUUCAGCUGUCAGACACAUCUGUUCACAAGCGUAAAUUAAUAAAUCCUUGUCAGAACUUUUUUCUUUUUAA